AUCAAACAGAUAUAUUCCUUUUUUGUAACCAAGACCAGGUAGUCUGUGGAACACCACUUUGUUUUACUUGAUGGUUUUCAGUUUGGCAAGUUUCAAGGCGUCAAAUGCAGCGUCACAUUUUUCUUGGCUUUCCUCAGUUCUGAUUGCAGCCAUGACGAAUUAGUUUUAAUUUGUUUUUGUUUUUUCAGGCUUUCUUCGGGGUUAAGGGUUUUGUUCAGCCUCUGCAUAUUUAAAGUGUACAGCUACUGCUGGAGUGUUUUUGUACUGGAAAGGUACAUCCAUACUAAUCUCUGAAAGGUCAGCUUUAUAUCAGAGCGAACAUUGUCAGAUGUUUUCAGACAUGAACUCCGGAGAAUGUCCGCAAGUGGGUGCACACUUCAGAGUUAACCUUUCGCACACGAACAACACAGCAGAUCUCCGCUCAGAUGCAUUAACAACUGCUGCGAAAAUCACGCGUUUCUGACAUUGACACCUGUGUCUGUCCUCAUCACUAUAAGCUCUUGACAUCUCCCCAGUUUCGCAUUUGUUGCAUUAGAAACGUCAUCAGUGGAAUGAAUUCUCCAGAGUAUGGCCUGCCGUUUUCUCACAUGGAAUAAUUUGGACUUUCUCAGGAGUUUUUACUAGGGUUGGCUGAUAAAAGUCUGGAGCCUCUCACCCGUACUUUUGUGUUAACAUACCGUUCAGUGCAUGUCUGAAAGCAGCUUUGCAGAAUGCUGCCCCCCCUCUCCAGGUUGUGGAAUAGAUUUGUAUUUUUCUCCAUGCAAAUGAGAUCUAACAGAAAAUGUCCUUUUUUUAUUGUAUGUUCAAUUAAAGAUCUUAAUGAAAAAAUAUUUGUGUGAUGUUAUUUAUUUGUUUGACAAAAGUAUUGACAUGACCUAUAUCCUGCUAAUUAUAUAAUGAAUGCUCCCUAAGUAAGGCAUGGUACUGUGGGGGGAACAGCCGCUGUGGUUUGCAGAAGGUUCAUUAAUUUUUGAAGUAAGAAGCUGACGUUGAUCGGUCUCCACUGUAAUCGAUAAUAUUUUCACAUAUCGAUCGUUACUGAAAGCGAAGCGGUUUUAUUCUAAGGCAGUGACUGUGCUGUGGGCUCGCGCAUGCGCAGUGUGAGCCCCGGAGCCGCAGGAGAUCAGAGCUGCGCUCCGGAGUAAGGGACAGGGUCAUGAGUGCCAAAGUGAACAUGGAGGCUCAACCCAAAGAAGAGCACAGAUCUGUGGAUCCGUCCUCCUCGUCUCCCAGUGAGACCGUUCUCAUCUGUGGGAAUGAUGGUGUGGCUAAGAAGGCCCAGCCCCAGCCCCAGCUCCAGCUCCAGACCCAGCCCCAUCCGCAGACCCAGCCUCAGACCCAGCCUCAGACGCAGCCUCAGACCCAGCCCCAGCCCCAGCCCCAGCCCCAGCCCCAGCUCCAGCCCCAGCCCCAGCCCCAGCCUCAGCCCCAGCCCCAGCCCCAGCCCCAGCCCCACACCACCACAGCUCUACUCCUUCCAGCUCCUGCUCUUAGUCAUCAGAAGGUGGAGGUGACUCCAACUGUUGCUGUGGGAGACCUAGGUAAAGGAGUCAGGGCCAAUCAGACGGCUGUGCCCACCCUUACAGCACAAGUGGGUGGGGCUUGUAGCAUCGUCCAUGUCCUGGAAUGGAAGGAGGGGAUGGCGAUCCUGCCCAGCAGCAACCUCAAGUUCUGUGUGAGUGACGUAGGAACGCUGAGCACACUGAUCACCCCAGGGACGACCAGCAGCACAGCUGAAUUAGCAGCAGGGACUUCUGGGAGAUCCGCUGAUGCAGAAGGGGCUCCAACAGACAAGCCAGAUGUGUCAGCCCCUGUAGGUCCCGUGCGAGGUGCAGCUGUGGAGCUGGGGAGGUUGGUUUCCGUCAAACCUGAAGUUCAGGUCGGACCGGGACAACUUAACCAUGAUCCCAGAGCGCAGAGGCCCUACACAGAGGAGCUACGAAGAGAGCCCAUCACUGACAGGAGGAGCGUUGGCGUGGAGAAAGUGCCGGCAGGUGGCAGGGUCUCCUCCCUUAACCCCGAUCACCUGAAACCCAUGAGGAAGAGGAAGAGGAAGGAGUACCUUAGUCCCUCUGAGGAAGACUCCGACAUGGAGGGCACGGAUGAGAAAAUGGAUGACUCUAAAGCAGACAGUCGACACAUCAGAGCAGCUGGAGACACUAAGACCGAGCAGUGGACGUGGGCUCUGUAUCUGGAGGAAACCAAAGCAGUUUUUUCUCCCAACAAGCUUUUCCAAGAGUCUCAGAGAGUGCCGACAGUGAAGAACGGCUUUAAACAGGGGAUGAAGCUGGAAGGCAUCGACCCACAGCAUCCGUCCAUGUACUUUGUCCUCACUGUGGCCGAGGUCUGUGGUUACCGGUUGCGGCUCCAUUUUGAUGGCUACUCCGACUGUCACGACUUCUGGGUGAAUGCAAACUCUCCCGACAUCCACCAGGCAGGCUGGUGUGAGAGCACAGGACACAAACUGCACACUCCCAAAGGCUGUAAAGAGGAAGAGUUUACCUGGACCAACUACCUGAGAAUGACUAAAGCACAAGUGUCUCCCAAAGAGUUGUUUGCCAGUCCUGGCAGGAUUGACGUGAAGUGCAGCUUCGAGAUAGGAAUGAAGCUGGAGGCUGUCGACCGCAUGAACCCCUCCCUCAUCUGUGUAGCAACUGUCACUGACAUGGUGGACUAUCGUUUCCUGGUUCAUUUUGACAACUGGGAUGACACAUAUGACUACUGGUGUGAUGCUAGCAGUCCGUACAUUCAUCCGAUUGGUUGGUGCCAGGAGAGGAACCUGCCCCUAACCCCACCCCAAGAUUACCCAGACCAGGCCCGUUUCUCCUGGUCUCACUACCUGGAGGAGACUGGUGCUAAGGCUGUGGCUGCUGAUGCCUUUAAAGUGCGUGUGGCCCACAGCUUCCAACCUCAGAUGAAACUGGAGGCCGUGGACAAGCGGAGUCCUGGUCUGAUCAGAGUAGCCACAGUGGAGGAGGUUGAGACUCACCGCAUUAAGGUCCAUUAUGACGGCUGGAGUCACGUCUAUGAUGAGUGGAUGGACUCAGAUCACCCAGACAUACAUCCAGCAGGCUGGUGUGAAGCAACCGGUCACCCACUGAAAAUUCCUCCAAGGGACUCCAAAACACAGGAGCCACACGGUGUGAGGGAGCCUCCUGCUAUCGGUCAGUCUGUCUACCCGUCCUCUGUUCCCUGCAAACCCAUCAGCCACCCCAGAUCCAACAAGUACAGCUUCCACAACAGGUUCUCAUCAGUACCUGAGAUAAAGACAUUGAAAUGUCCGACUCCAGGUUGUGAUGGUUCAGGCCAUGUGACUGGUCGUUUCACUGCUCAUCACUGCAUAUCUGGCUGCCCGCUGGCUGAGCGUAACCAGGGCAGGCUGAAGGCUGAGCUGUCAGACUCGGAGUGCAAGAGGAACCUCUUCUUUGGCCAGAGGACCAAGAAGACCCAUUACCGUGGCAGGAUCGGUCGUCCUCCCAAAUACAGGAAGAACCAGCAGAGAGACUACCAGAACAUGUCCUCAGAAGUGUAUCCGUCACUGUUCAUGUCGGCGCUGAGCGGCCAGUCAGACAGGACUCUGUCUCUGUGCUGGGAGCAGCACUGUAAACUGCUGCCUGGCGUUCAGGGCAUUCACGCGAGCCAGGUAGCGGCAUGGAACGUUGAAGAGGUCUCCAGUUUUGUCCAGAAUCUAAUCGGCUGUGAAGAACAAGCUCGUCUGUUUAAAGACGAGAUGAUUGACGGGGAGGCCUUCCUGCUGCUCACCCAGACCGACAUUGUGAAGAUCAUGAGCAUCAAGCUUGGCCCCGCCCUCAAGAUCUCCAACGCCAUCCUCAUGUUCAAGAGCACAGACGAGGGACUCAAGUGAUCCCCCCCCCGCUCAUUGGGGGGUGGGCGUGGGGGGUGGGACCACUAAUCAUUAUGUGCCAAAUUCAUUAUAUUGCAGGGACAAAGACCCUGACCCCUUUUU